CACGCUCUCGUUUAUGCCUUCAGCAGUCUUCGCACUGUGUGUUGUCCCGUGCGUGUUUAUGAGUUCUUCAGGAGCAGUGUGAAAUUCUGUUUGAGUCUUCCUUCCUCUGCUCGGAGGGACAUGCGGUGGUUUAAUCCCCACACAUAGCUCACUCUCUCCCGCUGACGCAGUCCAAAACACAAAGACUGCUGUGAGGUUUCAGGCGCUUUUGUAUCUUUUCUUUUAUUUAAUAAUUCAUGCAUUGUUUAUGAUUGGAACAGACAUAGUACAACAGUCCGUAUCUGAGCUUUUGGAAGAGAGAGCUUCUGCUCUUUGGAUGGUCCUGUAUCAGUUGUCACGAUUCAACACAUUUUUGAAAAAGUAGUGCAAUGGUACUGGCAAGCUCAUUGUCCACUGAGAAGUAAACAAGAACUCACACUGUCACCGUCAGCAAUUGGAGCAGUGGACUUUUCCGUUUUGUAGUUUAUUACACACACAAAGGAAGUAUAAUUGCUUUUCCGGAGUAAGAGAUGAUGGAUGCUCUGGACUCAUUGCAAGGAUCCUCUUCUCUGGAAUCCAAAGCUGAACGUAUCGCCCGCUACAAGGCAGAGAGAAGGCGUGAGCUGGCAGAGCGGUAUGCCAACCUAGAGGAAAGUUCAUCCAAGUGCACUAAGAGACAUCGGGAAACAACAGACACAUCAAAUGCAGUGCCCAGCUUUGAGCAGAACACAGAUGUUUCCUCUGAACUGAGCAUUAAGUCCAGUAAAGAUACCAAUGCUCUGAGUGAGCAAGGAGAAGGGAAAAAAUAUGAGGGAAAGUCUGAAAUGGAUUCCAGAAUUAUCUCCAUUGAUCACAGUGAGGAGAACAAGGAAGGAUUACGAUCACGCCAACAGCACAGUCCGUUAGAAGCAGAGGAAGCCCAGAAACCAAAGGACAACUGGAAAUCAGCUGAUGAUGCCAAAACCGGUGUGCCUGCCAAGAUGUCUCUUUCAAAAGGGCUGGAGAAGACUGACGCCUCACCUACCCCAAAGAACCAGGAAGAAGACAUUACCCACAGUGCCAAGCAACAAAGAGACCAAAUCAACAACGAGAAGAGGAAAGUUUCCACCAGUGACAGUCACUCCCAGUUUUCCUCAUCAGAUGAGGGUGAGAAAAGUUCUGAAGAAAGACAGGAUGAGGAGAAAAUCUCCUGCUCUCAGGCCUUCACUGCAGGAGAUGAGGAUGAGGAGGAAGGGAUGGAAGAUGAGAAGGCAAAACAGAGUGAACCAAGACUGAGAGAGAGACAGCAUUCUGCGAGCUCCCAAGAGUCAAAUGCUCCCUCUGAAGCUCUGAAGAUGGAAGAAGAGGCGAAGGCCACCACACCAGGCCUACAGAGACAAGACUCAGCUCAGCGCAGCAUCAAAGGCAUUCUGAAGAUGAGCCGCUCCACCAGCCUGGACACAGAACCCGAUGAACCGGAGAGGAACAUGACUCCUACCACCAAAACCAAUGAGGAUUUUAGUGUUUUUGAUGGAAAUGAGGAGGAGGAGGAGGAUACAGAGGGGAGGAGGCUGCUGAGAGAGGAAAGCAGCUCAAGUGAGACUCCUCGCACACCAUCCCCAGAUUCUGUGGACAAAACUCCCUCCGUCUCCCAAUCUGAAGAGGGGGAGGAGUUGGACAGCUUGGAUUGGAGCAUGAGCUCCUCUCUAAAAGAAAGGCUGGCAGAGUUUAAGGGUGGUGAUGAUGACUGGCAGAAGAAGAAUAAAGCCACCAAUGUGGUCCAGACGCCCCUGGCUGACCGCUACUCCAAGCUGCAGGAAAGUGAGAAUACCUGGAAGAAGAAGAAGUCUUCUGCAGAUGUAGAACCAAAGAUGUCGCUAGCUGAGCGGAUGAAGAUUUUGCAGGAGAAAGAGGAACAAUGGAAGUCUAGAGGCAAAGGAGCUUCUAAUGACUCCACACAGUUCUCUGUGGCUGGACGAAUGGCUAAGAGAGGCUUAGUGUCACCUAACAGAGAGGAUGCCCCCAUCAUCCUCAGCAAGAAGGCCAUUAUCAGCACACCAGUCAAACCAUUAGAAGAAAUCUCCACCUGUCCUGAUGCUGAGGGAGACAAAAGACUUGACAAAUUGGAGUCCUUCUUGGAUAGACUUCAUAAUAAAGGCAUUUCGGGAACUAAAAACUCCACCAUUGAAGUGACGGAGGAGAAAGAGAAAGAGGUGAUGACCCUGGACGAUGAGGAGACAUUUGGCCGGUUCUACAGUUGCAUUUCACCAACCACCCUGAGCUCCAGUCUCUUGCUGGACGAGGAGGAGGACUUCAGCACUAUCCAGUCAGACACGCCAAAACUAAAAUCAACAGUUGAGGAACACAAGCGUGCAGUGCGGCCCUCCCGGAAAACUAAGGGCUCAAAGAACCCUCUCCGUGCCCUGGCUGCUCGAGACGACCUUAGACAGACUUACACUGAGCAGAGACUCAAUGUGGCCUCCGUGGAAACCAAAAGGAUACAAAUGGAGAGAAUGGCCAAGCACUCUAAUCUGGCAGACGCGGCCUUGGCUGGUCUGGCCAGCAAAGAGAACUUUAGGAAAGUCAACCUACGGAGUGUGAAGUCUACAGAGGUGGUGACCAACAACAGUGCUGUGCCUUUCCACAAGCUCAUGCUCAUCCUCAUCAAAGGACGCAGGCAUAUUCAAGUUCGUCUGGUUGAACCCACAGCCCGCUCUCUGAACAGUGGAGACUGUUAUCUGCUCAUAACACCCAAACACUGCUUCUUCUGGAGUGGAGAGUUUGCCAAUGUUAUUGAAAAAGCCAAGGGAUCAGAGAUGGCCCAGUAUGUCCAGACUAAGAGAGAUCUGGGCUGCAAGGCUCCACAGAUCACAGUACUGGAGGAGGGUAUCAACACAGAAAACCGUUCAGCCAAAGAGUUCUGGAGUCUGCUAGGUGGAAAGACUGAGUACAGAGGCGCAGGAGAGCCGGAGGAAGAUGAACUUUAUGAGAGUGGUAUAGUGGAGUCAAACUGUGUCUACAGGCUGGUGGAGGAUAAGCUGGUUCCUUAUGAGGAGGCCUGGGCAUCUAUCCCCAGCGUUUCUCUGCUCAACUCUAAUGAGGUGCUGGUGUUUGAUUUUGGCAGUGAGGUGUACGUGUGGACAGGCAAGGAUGUUUCUCUGAGUGAAAGGAAGGUGGCAGUGCAGCUGGGCAAACAGCUCUGGAGUGGAGUGUAUGACUACAGCACUUGCAGAGUCAACCCCCUGGACCCCUCCUCAGCCAAUAAAGACACCCCUAAACAAGGUGAGGGCAGACCGAGUUGGGCUCUGUUUGGACGGCUGUCAGAACACAAUGAGACUGCUCUGUUCAGAGAGAAGUUUCUAGACUGGGCAGAGAGGAAAACCAUCAAAGAGGAGUCGGUGGUGGAAGAGGUGAAGAGUCCAGUAUGUCAGCACCUUCCCACCUAUGACUCUGACCUGAAGCCCUGUGAUGUGAGUGAGAUGCUGGCGGGCAAGGCGGGUCCUGUGAAGAUGGUGUUGGAGGGUGUGGAUGUGCAGAGGGGUCACGGAUUAGUCCGUUCAGAGGAUGGGCGUCAAGCUGAGCUGGCCACAAUAGCUGUUGAUGCAUGGCAUAUCCGUGAGUUUGAUGACUUUGAGAUCCCGCAGGAGAGUGUGGGUCAACUGCACGAGGGGGACACUUACGUCAUCCGUUGGAAAUUCUCUGUCACUAAUGUCGUUGGUAAGAGGCUAAAGCCUGGUGAAGUGAGGACAGCUGGCCCAGGCAGGGAGCGCACAGCAUGCUUCUUCUGGCAGGGACGUCACUCUAGUGUCAGUGGGCGGGGCACAUCUGCCUUGAUGACGGUAGAGCUGGGCAACCACAGGGGGGCGCAAGUGCUGGUCACACAAGGAAAAGAGCCUCCCUGCUUCCUCCAACUCUUCCAGGGAGGGCUAAUCAUCCAUCGUGGCUCAAGGGAGGAUAGCUCCAGCAACACAGGAGACUGGCAUUUGUUUUGUGUGCGUGGAGAGGUAGAGGAGGAGGGCUCCCUGGUACAAGUGGAGUGCUGUUGUGCCAGUCUGCGUUCUCGUGCCAGUUUGGUGCUGCUGGGGGUACAGGCGGGGCAGCUGUACCUGUGGCAUGGCUGUAAGUCUCACCCCAGUGCCCGACAGGUUGGAAAGAGGACUGUGGAGCGCCUUACUCAAACGUGUCCUCGUGAGUUGGGUUUGAACAGUAACAGCAGUUUGAAGGUGCUUGAGAUAGAAGAGGGAACUGAGCCAAAUGAUUUCUGGACUGCUCUUGGCAAGCAAGACAGGAAAGUCUAUGACUGCAUGCUGCAAGAUCCAGGGAAGUAUAAUUUCACCCCACGACUUUUCCGUCUGAGUGCCAGCGGUGGGACAUUUCUGGGAGAGGAGCAGUUCGACCCUGCCCAAGUGACAGGAUCUGUCAUGGCAAUGCCGUUUUUGCUGGAGAACUUAUAUUUGGCCCCUCAGCCUGCUCUGUUCUUGGUGGAUAACAGGAUGGAAGUUUACCUGUGGCAAGGACAGCAGCCAGAAGAUACAGAAUGCACUGGCUCAGCCAAGAUCCGCUGGGACAUUGAGAGGAAGUGUGCCAUGGAGACAGUGCUACAGUAUUGCCAAGGGAAGAACUCCAAGCGGCCCCCUCAGGCAUAUUUGAUCCUGGCUGGAGCAGAACCACUCACCUUUACCAACAUCUUCCCUUAUUGGGAGAAAGACCCAAAUAUUAAAGUAGAGGGACCCCAUAAUAAAGUGAUCCUGGUAAAAGAUGCUCUGUCUAAACUCAGCAGACAACAGUACACCCCGGAGGAACUCACCGCCAAACCCCUGCCAGAGGGAGUGGAUCCUCUGCACCUCGAAUACUACCUGUCUGAUAAUGACUUCCAGAUUGUUUUGGAGAUGCCACGGGAUGAAUUUCAUGCCCUCCCAAACUGGAAACAGCUUAAUCUGAAAAAGAGCAAAGGCCUCUUCUAAACCAAAAAAACUCUGUGUCUGCAAUCUGUAUAUUCACUUACAAGUAUUGUCUACUAAGAAAUUGUGUAUUUUCUCUGUAAUUUUAAGCAAACCUUUUUUAUAUGUAUAGCACUAAUAUGUACAGUCUGAAAUUUCUUAAAAAGAUGAACCCAUACAUCACCUUGCUGGUGAUAGCAAUUUCAUGCUUUAUACUUUAGUAGCCUUUGGUUAAACAACUUUUCUACAUGUCUUAAACAUGAAAACGUGUACGUUUUAGGAAAUGACAUGAACAAUAUCCACACACACACACACACACACACAAAUAAUCUACAUUAUGUCUCAAUAAGUACAAGCUCGAAUUAUAAAUAUGUAUUAUAUUUUAUUGUUUUAACCCUUUUGCUGUCGAACUGUGACUUUAAAAUGCAUUAAACACUAAUUGUGAAACUUCAUGUAAUCAGUCGAAAAACAAAUGGAGGCCUUUUUAUAAGUCAUAGCGCUAUGUUUGUUCAAGAUUCACCGCUGAAAGUGAAAUGCUCUUUAAUCAAGCCAUAACGUGUGUACAUAUUAAGUGCACUACUGCCACUGGCAUGUUCAUAUGAAUAAUAUACAGUGUUAUCCAAUCUCUUUAAUGUGACUAUAAGGUAUAAUCUGUCAAAAAUAUUACAAAUAACAGACCCACUUAUUAGGUGUCUUUUACUACUAUGCGUAAUUGCACAGGAAGAUGUAAUCACCUGCUGGGCAUUGCUGCCUGUCGCACCUCCUCCAGUGCCCAUGGGUCAGCUGCAGGGUCAUCAGCCAGAAACCACCGUUCACCGACGUUUCGCUCCUUUAAUUCUGGAACGUCUCCUGGUGGCGGAGCAGUGACAGGGACGUCUCCCUGUCACCCCCUGCAGCUGAUAGCUGUUCUCCCUGCUGCUGUAAUCUGGGGUUAGAUGUUCUUCCCCCAACUCCUAUCUUUCCUCCUCAGCCAGAGCCAAAAGCUACCUUUCUCUGCCUCCUCUGCCAGAUCCUUUGUUGCCCUCCUUAGCCUCCCUCCAGUCACUCCUGCUUCCCUCAAGAGGCGUAUGGUUGAUACCCCAAGGAAACCUCGGCAUCCGACCUCCACUGGGUGGAUGGUCGUCUUCCAGCCAGCUUUCCGGCACUCGGCAGCGAGCUCUGAGUACUUGGCCUUCUUCCGUUCAAAGGCGGCCUAGAUCCCCUCCUCCAGUGGUACAGUGAGCUCGAUGAGGUGCAUCGAUCUCGCCUUGGUUGACCACACCACUAUGUCUGGCCGGAGAGAUGUGGUGGUUAUCUCCGUGGGGAACCGGAGCUGCCUAUCCAGGUCCACCCUCAUGUCCCACUCCUGGUUGGGGGAGAAGGGCCUUGCUGUUUCUCUUGAUCUGGUGCUUCUCCUUACCCCUCCUUCCGACACGAAGAUGGUGGGGUCCUCUACUGAUGGUGGUUGUUUACUACCCUGUCGACACUCCUCAAGUACUUCGGCUAGCUUUCUCAGGACCUGAUCGUGGCGCCAUCUGUAGCGUCCCUGUGAGAGAGCGAUCUUACAGCCUGCCAAGAUGUGCUGGAGACUUGCGUUGGGAGCAUUGCAGAGUACGCAGGAUUCUUCAUUUCCAAACCACUGGUGAAGGUUCCGAGGGCAGGGAAGCGUGUCGUAGGUUGAACGAAUAAGGAAACUAAGUCUUGCCUGUGGGAUUUUCCACACGUCUGACCAACUGAUGUUCCGGUUCAUGAUUCCCUCCCAGGUUGUCCAGCUUCCUUGUCGACCCUGCGCCACGGCCUUGAUUUUAUAGCGAUCUUCCUCCAUCCUCGUCACCUCUGCUACCACCAUCUCCUUCCUUUGCUUGCGAUUGGCCUUGGACCAAAAGCAUGGCGUCUCUCCCCAUCCUAGACCUGCUCUUCCUACCUGCACUCUGCCCAUGAUCUCCCUGUGUUGUAGCCGACCGACAGCUUGAUCGACCUCGGUUUGGGCAUUCCACUUGCGGCCAGUAGGAACCUUGGCAUUUGCGUUCCUUACUGACUCGUCUGUGGACUCCCUCAGCUCGAGAACCAACCUGGUCUUUUCUUGCAUGUAGCCCAACUGUAUGGACUGCAGUGGCAGCUGCAGCAUGUAUGCACUCACUGUGUGCGUACAUGUUGUUGCAUUGUACUUCCAUUUAAAGUACCUGCAUUUAAUUACAUCUGUAGUUACACUGUUAACCUUAACCCCUAAUCAUAAUCCUACCAUACCUCAAACUCAGUAGCAGCAAAUGUGAAUCUUAAGAGAAUUUAGUACCACAAAAUAUAGUUACAGAAUAAGUACAUUGUAUUGUAUGUAUUUUUACGUUAGUACAUAGUAGUUAAAGAAUCCUAAUAUAAAGUGGGUCCCAAAAAACUAAUUAAUAUGUAUGUAUGCGUGUGGAUUCUGAAAUGUAUGUAUGUAUGUGUUUUGUUUGUUCCAUACCAGAAAUAUGCGGCCAGAACAUUAGAAACUCAGUAAAAUCAUGCAAUACAGUCUUAA